UAGACAAAUUACAGUUCCAGCCUGUCAAGGCAGAUAAGAGACCAUGUGAUGCAGGCAACCCUGCAGUAGACGGGUGGCAUCGCAAGGUAAAGGUGCGCUGCGAGGCGCAGAGGAAGCAAGGAAGCGAGCGAAGUAGCCAGCCAGCCAGCAUCUCUUGCGAAGGGGGGGCGUCAAAGGGCUUCUCGCUGCUACCCGGGAGCCUAGCAGAGUUCUCCCUGGAAAAAAAUAAAAUAAAAUAAAAAGCAGUCUAUCGGUAGACAAGAUCAGCAUCCGCCCCGGUCCGAGCCCGUCGGAGAGAGACAGCAAGCAGCAUGUCCUUCAACCGAAAGAACUGGUCCGCGCUGUCCAGCCUGGCUCAACAAUGGUCUGUUGAGGAUGGAGAGGAGCAGGAGAGAGAGCGCAGGCGAAGACAUAGGCAGCUGAGUUCCACCUCUGAAACGAAGGAGGAGGAAUCCUCCAGUAGCACAGUACAGAAGGUGACCAGUCAGACACCAAACAGGGUUGAUAAUUCCUUAGAGGCAAAGCUGCUUAACUUGGAAAAUUCAGCACGGAAAAACGAGAAGAUUGAACCAGUUUCAGUAAAUAAACUGGAAGGCAGGAGAGUGAGGAGGAGAGCAGAGUUUUUAAAUAAUAUAAAACAAGAGAAGAAAAUACUAGUGAUUACUAAGAAAUUUGAAAAGGAACCUCCUGAAGAGAAUCCUACACCUCCUCCAGAAUCAUCCAAAGAAGAAGGAAGAGCAGAAAAAUACGAAGCCCCCAUUCAGCAAAAGGGUGCUUUAGAGGAAAGCCCUCAAAUCCAGAGUCAGAAAAAAGAGGAGAUCGCAGUGGAGAAACAUGAAGCCACGAAGCAUGUGAAGGACCUCAAAACAGAUGAGGAUCAGGUCUUCAAAGAGGAGGAGAAGGUCCCGAGCGUAUGUGAAUCUCAGAGACUGGCUGUGACCCAGAAUGAGGUGGCUUCUCAGGAACCUCAACGAGUUUCUUGGGAACGUAAAAGCAUCAGCAGGCUUGAGGUGAAAAUUCAGCCAAGAGCUAGAAAGUUUACUGAUCCUGCUGUAGCCACACCUGCUUCUGAGGCACCACAGGUCACAGAAAGAGCUAUUCCCAAAUUAAAUGCUAAAACUAUAAGGUCUCCCUCUGGUCAAGAAGGUUUUGAUGCUCCUAUACUAAUUUCUGAACCCCGGAUUACCUAUAGUAGCUCAUUCAACCGGAUCAGUCCAAGGACAAUCUCAUUCCGGGUUGUUCCAAGGAAAGAAAGACACGAAGAUGCAUUAAACAGAAGGCAAGUAGAUAUUACCUUCUGCAAUUCCUUUGCUAUUCCUUUGUACAGUUUGCAUUCUUGCCCCAUCUUUGUGAUAGAAGGACAGACAACAACAGAGUGGCAACAGAGAUCUAUAUACUUCAAUAGAAAAUGUUUUGAAAGUUUGAGGAUCCCAGGAGGAGUCUCAUCCCGAAUAAAUCUCUGGAUAAGUCGAACUCAGGAAUCAAAAAACAACGAAGGAGUCAAGGAUGUUCAGAGAACUGGGAACACCAUACAGGGGAGUUAAUUGGAAAACUGAUCUGAUGGUUUGUGAAGGAAAUCCAAGAUGUAACCAGACAUGCUACUCUCAGGAAAACUUGCCCCCAUUGAAACAAAAGGCAUGGAUCUCUUGGAAUUCUACUAUGUCCCUCAGUUUAUUGCUCUAUUCUUCUAUAGAACUGACCACCUGGCAAAGAUAUCUAUCAGCCAACAAUGCCUACAGUGCCUUUUAUUGAAUGGGGCUCUUGAUGACUUAAACGAUUUGAUGGAUAGGAAAACUGACCUAUGACAGAAAAACUAUAUUUCUAUAAUCCAUUUUUAUCUUUUUAUUGCUAUAUCAUCCAUCCUUGUCAUCCAAAAUUAAGUUGAGUCUUACAUUUUAUUAGCAAAUAUGAAAUACAUAUGGCUUCUUUACUGGAUCAUGUUUCAGCUAUGUUUCCACCACGAUGAAUACUUUAUAAGUUUGCACCAAGCAUUUGCAAUUGUUGCAUAAAUGUAGCUUUGCCUGUUCUUGCUGAUCUUAUUAUUAUCUAAUUAUGUUAUUUGAAUAAAAGAGGGAUGUUUUAAUGGGGAAACUAUGCUUAACCCUAAAUUGAUCAGAGCCAUGAGGAGGUUUAAAGCAGAGACUUACCUGAAUGCUGUAAGUAGAAUAUAAGCCAUCUGCGAAUUGUAGGGGAAAAGAAGGGUGCAAUGUGCCUGAAUAUAUAGAUGAACUUGUUUUGCAAAAACCAUAAAAAAGUAAUGUUCUUCCCUCCCUAAAAAAUUGCCAAGGAGUUAUUUUGUAUAGUAAAGUGCAUUCUAUAUUUAAAUAAUAUUUUUAUAAUAUAUAUUUGUGUUUCAGCUUAGUCCUAGCUAUUACUGAAUCUCAGUAAGACUAAUGGAAGAAUUUUCAUGUUUUCAACAAGAUUUGCCAAUCUGUAUACAUCUAUUUAGGUCUACUGCAUUCAAAAGCUCUUAUCCCCAGAUAAAUGUACAGUGGAUUGCAACUAAUGUCAUGGCUAAUUUUAACUGAAUCAGGGCUAUGGGUUGACAUCUGUCUUACCUAUUAGCAUGUCAUAAUUAAACAACUUAGAAGUCACCCAUAUACACAUGCUACUUAAAUUCAGUAGUGGGGAUUGAAUUUUACUUUUCACUUUUCACGAUAAAUAUCAUAAUAAAUAACAUUUGUUUCAA